CGAGACCGGCCGGCCUCUGUGGGAGAAAGGAGGUCCGUUUCUCAUCCUCCGCUGCCUCUGACCCAAGCGGGAGCCCCCAGGCUGUCUUGGGUACAUGGUGUCUCCGUCUCUGCUGGGCAGCUGGAGAGAACACAGGGAGGUGGCUGCCUGGGGACCGUGGGCAGGGAGGGACGGACGAGGCGGCGGCUAAGCCCGGUGCAGUCCGCGCCCGCCAGCCGAGGGCCGCUUCCUCUCUGAGGAUGGAGCCGCACAGCCGCGGGAGGAGCCGGAAGCCAACGAGACUGCGGUCUCUCUCCCGCUCCCUGAUCCUCUGCAGCGCCGGGACCAGCGACGGCGGCUCCAGCCCCGACGAGAGGCACCCCGACCCCUUCGAGGCGCCCCUGGGCCCGGGCAGCGGGGGGCUUUUCCACUCGGCCGUGCAGCUGGCCGACACGUCGGAGGCCGGGCCCGGCGGCGCCCCUGACCCGGCGCCAGCCUCGGAGGCGGCCGGGGGCGGCAGGCCCUGCAGGAGGACGUUCUUCGUGAAGGAAGCUUCCACAACUUCUCGAGAAAAGUCUGGAAAAGUAGAACUGCCGAGUAGUAACUUCCUGCUUCCCAAGGCCUGUCACCAAAGGACGCGCAGCAACUCAACCAGUGUGAGUCCCUACUGCACAGGGGACGCGGACUUGCGGACGACCAGGAACGCUUGUGCGGACAGGCAGCCCUACGCCCUGUGCGGCAGCCGCAAGUCCCUCUCUCAGCAGCUGGACUGCCCUGCAGCGAAGUGUGCAGGCAGCUCGAGGCCCACGCGGUCGCUCAGCACCGCUCAGCUGGCGCAGCCCGCGGGCGGUCUCCAGGCGUCCGUCAUCUCCAACAUCGUGCUGAUGAAGGGCCAGGCCAAGGGCCUGGGCUUCAGCAUCGUCGGAGGAAGCGACAGCACUUACGGCCCCAUCGGAAUUUACGUCAAGACCAUCUUUGUCGGGGGAGCGGCGGCGGCGGACGGGCGGCUGCAGGAAGGUAGGUUUCUCUGUCUCGCUGGGCGAUGCCGAGGAUUCGGAGCCACUCGCCCGCAGGAGUGUUGGUGUGCCCGAGGCACAUGUCCCCGAUGGCUCCGGAGUGACUGGCACAGUGCUGGGCGUGUCCGGCUGUGGGCCGGGUCCUGUGGCCAGCCUGGGGCAGAAGACUGGGGUGUCCACUUCCCUCCCUUCCUGGCCCCUCUCCGUGGCUGGUGUCCCCACCACCCUGUUCUUUCCUGUGUUGCCAGGUUGCGCAGAGAGCACGCGGCCGGCAGAGCUUACCUGCUUACGACCCGGCCUUCCGAGAAGGGGCUUGCGCCCCCAGCCUCACACAGGCCGAGGCGGUUUCCUCGAGGAGGUCGUGGGGGACCUUCGGAGACAUGCACACAUGGACACGCACACACGAUCACGCACACACAGACACACACACCCGCACCCAUAGCUGCUGAGCGCUGCGCACGUGUCUCUUCCUUCCAGCAAGCCAAGAAAGGGCUCCUGACCCUCACGGUGAGGACGCGCCUCGCGGCGCCGCACUCUCUGAGCAGCCACCUGUCGCCCCCGCUGUGCCGCUCCCUGAGCUCCAGCUCGUGCGCCGCCAAGGACAGCGGCCCCUUCGGCCUGGGGAGCCCCGCCCCCACCAGCGCGGCCAAGCCCAACUACAGAGUCAUGGUGGAGGUCUCUCUGCAGAAAGAGGCUGGCGUCGGCCUGGGCAUCGGCCUGUGCAGCGUCCCCUAUUUCCAGUGCAUCUCCGGCAUUUUCGUGCACACGCUCUCCCCAGGGUCUGUGGCACAUUUGGACGGACGGCUCCGGUGUGGUGAUGAGAUCGUGGAGAUCAAUGACUGCCCUGUGCACUGCAUGACCCUCAACGAAGUCUACACCGUCCUGAGUCACUGCAGCCCGGGGCCGGUUCCCAUCAUCGUCAGCCGGCACCCAGACCCACAGGUGUCUGAACAGCAACUCAAAGAAGCUGUGGCCCAGGCUGUGGAGAAUGUCAAGUUUGGAAAGGAGAGGCACCAGUGGAGUCUGGAAGGCGCCCCGAGGCUGGAGAGCAGCUGGCAUGGGCGGCCGACCUUGGAGAAAGAGAGAGAGAAGAACUCAGCACCCCCGCAUCGCAGGGCUCAGAAGGUCAUGAUCCGCUCCAGCAGCGACAGCAGCUACAUGUCCGGGUCCCCCGGGGGGAGCCCGGUCAGCGGCGGCGAACAGCCGCCAUCCGACCUGGAAGUCCACACCCCCGGCCCCGGCCUGGCCCCCGGGCAGGAGCAGGCGGCCCUUCCCGUGGGGCUGUCCCGGCCGCCCAAGGACAGCCCGCCCCUGCCUGGGCUGCCUCACAGCCACCGGCCCCUGAGGCUGAAGAAAUCCUUCGAGAUUUUGGUGAGAAAACCCACAACCUCCAAGCCCAAGCCUCCACCCCGAAAAUACUUUAAAAGUGACAGUGACCCUCAGAAGAGUCUGGAAGAGAAAGAGGACUCCCCAGGCCCCUCUGGGCACUCCUUGUCCCCGUGCGGCCAGGAAGCCAGCGAGCUGCCGCCAGCACCACGGCCCCCUCGGCAGGAAGACGCGGCGGGGAGAGUCCCCUGCGCCCGCACCUGCUGCCCGGGGCCUGCGGGACCGCAGACGGCGCCCUCCCCGGAGGCCGAGCCGGGGAGCAGACGAGCCGGCCCAGCGAUUCCCGCGUCGCCAGUGAGACACCCCCUUCUGAAGCGGCAGGCGCGGAUGGACUGUAGCCCCGACGUCCCGCCGGAAGACCCCUGGGUGAGGAUCUCCGACUGCAUCAAGAGCCUCUUCAGCCCCAUCAUGAGUGACAGCCACGGCCACGCGCCGCUGCAGCCCGGGGUCGGCCCGGGGGAAGAAGACCGGGUGCAGGGCCGCCCAGACGGGGCUCCGCCGAAGCCGGACGCCGCCGUGGCCGCCCCCAAGGUUUGCAAGUCGGCGGACAGCGGCGCCGUGAAGAAGGGCCCUCCCGUGGCCCCCAAGCCAGCCUGGUUUCGCCAAAGCUUGAAGAGCCUGCGGACACGGGCCCCAGACCCGGGGGAUGAAAUCCUGGAGCUCAACGGUGAGUCGAUGGCAGGACUAACGCAUCAGGACGCUCUGCGGAAGUUCAAGCCUCCGGGGGAGCAGGAGGGCGGUCGGGGGUCUGGCCUCUCGGGGCCAGGGGCUGCCCCUGCCGCUGAGCCUCGGCCGCCAGAGCCAGAGCAGGUGCCUUGGGGCCCCCCCGCCCCCUCCAACCCCGGGGACCCGGGUGCGUCGGGGUCCCCUCUCCCGGGACGGCAGUCCAGCCAGAAAGCCCUCCCCGCUGACCCCGACCCUCUCCGGAGGCUGCGGUCCACACCCGCCGAGGAGCCUCGAGGCCCGGUGGUCAAGGCCCCCAGCCAGCGGGCACGAAGCUUCCCGCUGUCCAGGACCCCGUCCUGGGAGACGCCGCCGGACGAGCGGUCCAGUCAGCUCUACGCCCUCAGCAGCCGGCUGUCAUCGGCCGUCAUGAAGUCCUUGCUGUGCCUCCCGUCCUCCGUCUCCGGGGGCCAGACUCCCUGCACCCCCAAGGACGGCGGUUGUCCUGCGUCGGCAGCCAGCGAUGCCCCGGCCGCUAACGGGGCUGCAGAGCCGCCUGCCCCGGACACGGGGUUCUCGCUCAACCUUUCAGAGCUGAGAGAGUACACGGAGGGGCUCGGGGAGCCCACGGAGGCGGACGGCCGGGACCUCUGCGCCCCUCCGUCCGGCCAGUCGGUCAUCUCCCUGCUGAGCGCCGAGGAAUUAAAGAAGCUAAUCGAGGAAGUGAAGGUGCUGGAUGAGGCGACCUUAAAGCAACUAGACCAGAUCCACGUCACCAUCCUGCACAAGGAGGAGGGGGCUGGCCUUGGGUUCAGCCUGGCGGGAGGAGCGGAUCUCGAGAACAAGGUGAUCACGGUGCACAGGGUGUUCCCCCACGGGCUGGCCUCCCAGGAGGGAACCAUCCAGAAGGGCAACGAGGUCCUCUCCAUCAACGGCAAGUCCCUCAAGGGCGCCACGCACAGCGACGCGCUGGCCAUCCUCCGCCAAGCGCGGGACCCGAAGCAGGCCGUGAUCGUCACCCGGAAGCCGGCCCUGGAGGCCACGCCCGACCUGAACUCGUCCACGGAUUCGGCCUCCGUGGCCAGCGACGUUUCUGUGGAUUCCACAGAGGCCACGGUGCACACAGUGACCCUGGAGAAGACCCCGGCGGGGCUGGGCUUCAGCCUGGAAGGCGGCAAGGGCUCCCUGCUCGGGGACAAGCCCCUCACCGUUAACAGGAUUUUCAAAGGGGCGGCCUCGGAGCCGAGCGAGACAGUCCAGCCGGGAGACGAAAUCCUACACUUGGCCGGCACCGCCGCGCAGGGCCUCACGCGGUUCGAGGCCUGGAGCAUCAUCAAGACACUGCCCGACGGCCCCGUCACUGUCGUCAUCCGCAGGAGAGGCCUCCAGGCCUCGGGGACCGCAGCGCCGGGCGACCCCUAGGCCCAGCGGCUCCUCACAGCCGCUAAUUCUCAGGGUCACUGCUCAUCCCGCCUGGAGGCGGCGGCAGACCUCCCGGGACGGCAUCCCGCCGCGGGCAGGGGCACGGUCACCCCCGGGAGGCUGGUACCACCUGCAGGCUGUGGGCAGAGAGCGCAAUGACAGUAUUGUGGUGCUGUAAAUAAAACGGACUCGUUACAUUUGAUACGAAA